UAUGCCAUAUAUAUAGGUUUCCAGGAUCAGGCAAAAGGGAAAGACCACUUUUGACACAGUUUCUUCAUUUGAUUUGCUAAGCAAUAUCCAAAUACAGUAGCUGCAGAAAGUGGCAGAUGAAGUACACCUGCUGAGAUAUUCACUUUCUGCUUUAGAGUACACAUUGUUAAACCUCAACAUGAAAUGAAGCUAUUCUUGGAUCAGUUUCUCUCUCUCCCUCAACUCGAUCUGAAAUUCUCUUGUAACUUGUAAAAACAGGUUUGCACUCAGACGCUUCAUGGAAUGGAAGAAAACUAUCUGGACAGAAAUGCCUGGGCAUGGCCAUCAAGAACCUAUGCUUGUAGCUUUUGCAAGAAAGAGUUCAAGUCUGCUCAAGCUUUGGGUGGACAUAUGAAUAUUCAUAGGAGAGAAAAGGCAAGAUUGAGAGCAUCAUCCUUACCUUCAUCGGUUUCUGAGUGCCCUAAAACUAACCCUAUCAAUGACUCUAAUCCAACAAAUCUUCUUUCACCUCCUCCUAACUUCUCUGAUGAGGUGUUGAAUUAUGCACAACCUUCUCCAAUUUAUAUCCCUUGUGAUUUUUCUUUAUCUUCUCCAGUACCCUCCCCACCAGGUUCUACUAGUGAAGAUAAGGUAUCUCAUCACUUUCCCCUUUUGAGUUCUCAAAGCGAGGAAAUUACAGUAAGUAACAACAAAAGGAGUGGUUUUGAUGUUGAGGAAAUGAAAGGCAAUGAAGAGGAAGAGGAGGAGCACAAGAAUGAUGAGCAAAACAUUACAUUGGAGUUAGGAUUAGGGUUGCCUAAACAGCAAGAGGAGACGUUAGAUUUGGAGCUUCGACUGGGAUACUUCUAGGUUCUAGCUAUAUAUCUGGCCAGGUGCAUUUAUCAAAUAAAUACAUGGCAGCACUGCAAGUCUACAACUUCAUAAUUGUUUUAACUUCUUGCAUUAAUGUAGUUGUUUUAUAUUUUAUACAUAUAUUAUUAAUUCUGCAUUUCAAGGACCUGGUCUUUAAUUGUAUGAAUUUAAUUUGUAAUUUGGUGUAAAAGUUGGAUGCCUCUAUCUUGUUGCUUGAUUCUGUCCAAUGAAUUGAAUAUUGAUUGAUCCAAGGUGCCAAGAAAUCCAACUCAGUGUAAUCGUCA